UUCCCGUGCUCUGCUGCUGAUGAUGAUGGUGACUGUUGUUGGGAAGGUCGUUGCUGAAGGGAGAGUGGACCAAAGAUGCGAGAAAGAGGAGAGAAAUCCAAACACAAACAACCGCAACGUCACACAAACCAAGAACAAUUUUUUUUAUUUUGGAUCAGGAUUCGAAGGGAUUUUGCUGGAAGGACUUGCUUGUGCGUUUUAUCCUGUCGUGACCAGCCCUCUGCGCCAGAACUCGACAACAACGCUGCUGCUUGCGAUGUCCUACCAGGUGGUGGAGCGGGCGGGGGACGAGGCGUUUCAGCUGGUGCCAACGGAGCCCAAGACCUACGGGUCUGUUGUUGGGGAGAGCAGCACAGAUGAUGACGAUCAGUUGGAGUUUCCCCUCAUCAGCAGGGACACAAACACCACCUCGAUUCCAUCCGCCAUCUUCAACCUCACAAACACCAUCAUUGGAGCCGGCGUUUUGUCAUUACCCUUUGCCUUCAAAAACACAGGCGUCAUCAUCGGGCCUGUGCUGUUGGUGUCCGUGUACUUCCUGGUUGUCUACUCCUGCGUGCUCCUCGUCUCAGCUUCAAAAGCAUGCGGAGGUCGAUCCUUCUCUGAAAUUGCCAGUUGUGCGCUGGGCAGACCCGGCAUCAUCGCCACGCAGAUUUCGCUUGUGAUUGCCACAUUUGGGGCGGCAACAUCGUACCUGGUGAUUGUGGGAGACAUGAUGAGCCCUCUCAUCGGCCAGUGGAUGGGCGGGACGAACGAGGACUUCUGCAGCAUAUAUGCAGACAGGCGGUUCAGCAUCAGCCUCAGUCUGCUCGUCGUCUGUCCGCUGUGCAUGUUCAAGCACAUCGACUCCCUCCGCUACGUCUCGUACCUCGCCAUUGCGAUGGUGUCGUAUUUGCUGGUGAUCGUUGUGGUGCGAAGUGGGGAGUCGCUCAACAAAGGCAGCGGCCAAGACGUCAACUUCAUCAACGUCACGGAAACCAUUUUCCGAGCCAUGCCCAUCAUCACCCUCGCCUACACCUGCCAGAUGAACCUGUUUGCGCUCCUCUCCACUCUCGAGUCGCCGACUCGCCGCAACGUCAGACGCGUCAUCUACGGAGCAUUGAGCGUGUGCAUGGUGAUGUACAUUCUGAUUGGGCUGUUUGGAUACCUCACCUUCUUCCAAGAGAUCAAGGGGAACGUGCUGCUCAACUACGAGGUUGAUGACACGGCGGUGAUGGUGGGACGCGUGGGCGUUGCCCUCAUUGUCCUGUGCUCAUUCCCGCUCAUGAUGAACCCCUGCCUCGUGACGCUUGAGGAGAUGCUGUUCCAUGCCGGGGAUGCGACGCCGCCGGAGCAGCGGCCGUUUCGCAUCGGGCGCCGCGCCGUGAUCAUGACCGCCACCGUCGGCCUCGCAUACACCAUCGCCAUGUUGGUUGCGGAUGUGUCUGUGGUGCUUGGCAUAUCGGGUGCCAUUGGCUCAAUCGCCAUAUCCUUUAUCCUCCCGCCGCUCUUUGUCCUCAAACUCAAACCAAACAUGCCCACCCGCCAAAAGAUCCUGCCUGCGACGUUGGCUGUGGUUGGCGUGGCGGUGCUGGUGGUGAGUCUCGUUGUCACAAUCUUGGACGCAAUCGACGCCGGUGACGACCUCAACCUCGCACACGCGUGCAACCGCUCGGCGCUCCACCACCACAACGCCACUAAUGCCACCACCACGCUGCUCCUCGAAUGAUUGAUCGGUGUUGAUGAUGGUAUUGAUGAUAACGACAAUGUUGCGGAUGACUGUGUUGACGAUGAUGGUGAUGGUGAAUAGUCAGGCACGCUGUGUACAUUGUUGGCAUUCUGUGAAAUCGUGCACACACACGCACACACACACACACACACGCACAAGCGCGCGCAUGCGCGCUCAUUGCUUCAGUGACACUGUUACAUUUCUGGCACAAGGGUUGAUUGGUAGUGCUCUUUGCUGUCUUCGUGACGUUUUGUCGCUUCGCGCACCACAACAAACCAGAUCGCACACGAAUGAAUGUACAUGUGUAUGUGUAUGCUUGAGUGCAUUCACGUCUCGGCACUGGUGGUAGUUGAUGAACGUUGGGUUGUACGAAUGCGUGUGUACUUGCUAACUUGGAGAGAUGGCUUUAUGGCGAACAACGAACCAAC